AUGCGGGUGCACCUGGGCGCGCUGGCGGGCGCGGCGGCGCUGACCGGGGCGCUCAGCUUCGUGCUCCUGGCGGCCGCCAUCGGCACGGACUUCUGGUACAUCAUUGACACCGAGCGGCUGGAGCGGGGCGGCCCGGGCGUGCGGGGCCGGGCGGGGGCCGCCAACCGCAGCCAGCUCGAACCCCUGAGCUCGCACUCCGGCCUCUGGCGCACCUGCCGGGUCCAGAGCCCGUGUGCGCCGCUGAUGAACCCCUUCCGGCAGGAAAACGUGACCGUCAGCGACUCAAGCCGGCAACUUCUCACCAUGCACGGGACAUUUGUGAUUCUGCUGCCGCUCAGCCUUAUCCUGAUGGUUUUUGGGGGGAUGACGGGGUUUCUGAGCUUCCUCCUUCGAGUCUCCAUCCUCCUCCUGCUCACGGGGACCCUCUUCCUCUUUGGAGCCUUGGUGACCCUCGCUGGAAUGAGCGUCUACAUUGCGUACUCGGCUGCCGCCUUCCAGGAGGCACUGUGUCUCCUGGAGGAGAAGGCCCUCCUGGACCAGGUGGACAUCCGCUUCGGCUGGUCCCUGGCCCUGGGCUGGAUCAGCUUCGUCACCGAGCUGUUCACCGGGGUGGCCUUCGUGGUGGCGGCCCGUGUGCUCAGCCUGAGGCAGAGGCAGGACCAGGCCGUCUGAGCCCGGGUGCCUGGUCCGCUGGGAGGGAGGGGCUGGCCGAGGGCGGCUGGGACCCGUUGGGGAGGGGGGGGGCUGCAGUCUCCUCCUCCUCAGCCCGAGAGCCACUGUGGACUGAGCUCCGGACCCGGCUGUCGACUUCGUGCCGUGUGUGCGGCCGGGCCUGGUGCACGUGUGUGUCCGUGCGGGCCGGAGGGAGCUGCGGGAGUGCAGAAUCCCCAUCACCUGGAGUGACAAACGCACCCCCUUCAUCGUAAGCGGAGCCUCCCAGCGUCCGCAGGCCCCCCCACCCCCCGCCUUC